AGUUCAAGAAGGAUGAUGGGAUUAACAGUCUACCAUAAAAGAAGGAGAUCAAAUUUCCAUCUUGCAACCAACCAGAUAAAUACUUCCCAUAAACUAAAAUACUUAAGCUUUCAAUGAAAAAUGCUUACCGAACAACCGAAACUUAAAAUCACAACAAAAUUUGUAAUAAAAAAAAUCAUUCCGAAAAAUAUUCAUAAAUGGAAAUUCAAUGUUUCUUGUUUGACUUCGAAAUUUCUCGCCGCCUGUCAAAAGUGUUUAUAUUUUAUUUCGUUUUGCACGCUUUUAUAAUUUUCCCAACUCAACCACCCACCAAUAGCAAGAUCAAAGACGCUGUAAACCAACAAAAAUCAAGCUUAACUCGGAAACUGCGCGUUGUAAAAAUCAGCAAUCAGUUCAAACAAGUGGCGAAGAACCGAAAAAGUGGCUACCAGCGGCAGCAACAACAGCACAACGGACGACAGGCAAAAUGUCAAAAAACUAUAUCUCAAAGGAAGAGGCCAUCAAUCAGUUGUAUGCCACCAUCAAAACGAAAUUCGAACAGGAUGGUGUGCUGCAGGAGGUGCGUUGCAUGUUGCAAACUAAAAUGGUGGCCAUGAUGAAGGGUAAGAAUGAUGGCCAGACCACGCUACUCGGACGUAAACUACCCGAUCUAAGUAAGUUGAGCGCCAGCAGUAGUUUACCAACAGCAAGCGAUCUAGAUGAUACAGAACAACAACGACAGGAUCCACGUUUAAAGAUGAUGCAACAGCUGAUUAUGGAGUACUUUCAUUGGCAUGGCUUUCAUUACACAGCCGAAAUGUUCGCACAGGAAAGCGGUACGGAGAAUGCGCGACCGUCGCGUCAACAACUCGAACGUGCAGUCGGUCCGUUCGAGCAUAAAAGUCUGCCCAUACUACUGGAGCUGGUGGCGGAUCUGAUGGAGAAGAACCAACCUUAGAGCGAGAUGGAGAGAUAUGUGGAGCGAAAGAAUUUGUGUGGAAAGUUUGUAAUAGAAAGGAGAUUUUUGCAUUUAAGAGAUCAUUUUAUAGAUUCUGUGUAGCAGAAUAGAUUCAUACGUAUACAUAUGUAAAUCUAGAUAGUUAUUAAAUAAAGCGAUAGAUAUACGCUAAA